GUAAUAAAAUGGCUGAUCAAGAGCAUAUUGACGCUGGACUUCUCAGCACCAACUUCGACAUGAUUCAGGCUUUGCCUCUCAAUGUCAAGCAACGCGUCUGCGCUCUCAAAAACCUUCAAAUGAAGACAAUUCAGAUUGAAUCUGACUUCUACAAACGUGUUCACGAGCUCGAGAUCGAGUUUGAAGGAAAGUUCAAAUCCACUUUCGAUCAAAGAAAGGCUAUUGUCGCGGGAGAGGUCGAGCCAACUAAAGAACAAAUCGACACUCCAAUCCUCGAAGGACUCGAGGGAGAUCAACUCGCUGAAUUGUACAAAGCUGCGGAGGCUGACCCAUCAGCAAAGGGGAUCAAGGAUUUCUGGCUCACCGCUCUCAGAACCCAUGAUCUUGUUGCUGAAGCCAUCGAGGAGCAUGACGUACCAAUCCUCUCAUAUCUCACUGAUGUGACGACCGCCGCUAGCAAGGAUCCAGCCGGUUUCAAAAUCGAGUUCCACUUUGCCACCAACCCAUACUUCAAAAACCAAGUUCUUACCAAGACCUACUUGCUCGGUUUCGACCCAGAUGCGGAGGCACCACUCCAAUUCGAUGGACCACAUGUCAUCCGCGCUGUCGGAGAUACUAUUGAGUGGGAAGACGGCAAGAACGUCACCAAGAAGGCUGUCAAGAAGAAGCAAAAGAAGGGAGCUAAUGCUGGAAAGUUCCUCACCAAAACUGUGAAAGCAGAUAGUUUCUUCAACUUCUUCGAGCCACCAAAGAGCAAGGACGAGAGAAAUGAAGAUGAGGACGAUGAACAGGCAGAGGAGUUCCUUGAGCUCGACUACGAGAUGGGACAAGCUAUCCGUGAUACCAUCAUUCCACGUGCUGUUCUUUUCUACACUGGAGAACUUCAAUCAGACGAUAUGUUCGAUUUCCCAGGAGAGGACGGUGAUGAUGUGUCAGACUUCAGUGACGAUGAGGCUUAAGCAGUAUCGAUGGACCACUUAUUAAUUUGCCAAUUUUUGAAAUUAUUAAUUUUCCAUUUUCUUUUUUAAAAUUUUUUUGAUUAUUCCCAACCCCUUCACAUAAUAGGCGGAAAACCGAUUGUUGCUGUUACUUGUUGUUGUCGUUUAUUCCCUGACCUAUCCAUAUUCCGCUUCUCCCAAUCUCUAAAGAUAUACCUGAAAACGAGUUGUCGUCGAAAUACUUGAUACAUGUUGUCUUCAUCCUGGUGUAUGUUGUUUCGCAAAUUCUUCAUACUAGUUAUGAUAGGAUUUGAAUGAGCUGGCACGAGUCGACUUUGAACUCGAAUUUCAAUAUUUUCGUGAUCCUGCAUUAAGUGAUGAAUAAAAUCCCUUGUUGCGAA